AUGGUAUGCUUCGUCAUUGAGAUGAAGGAAAUCAAACAUGUAGGCGCCAUAGUAGAAAAUUCUACUGAAAAGAUCUUUAGGAUUGUUUUCAAAGAAAGGAAAUUUCAAUCUCAUUUCUUGUUCAUGUGUGUUUAUUUUGGCAAACGCAUGUGCAAUCUACUUGUGAUUGAUUAUUUAGGUCAAAGUUAUAGCAUUAAGUUCAAAACUUUUGAGGGUUUCUUGGGAAGCGAUAUGAGGAUGAAGAAGCAACAGCAACAGCAGCAGCCGCAACAUUAG